AUGGUGUGGCAUCUAUCGCUUAUUGCUAUACUAUCAUUACUUCCCGGUGCUUUGGCCACCGGCUGGGAUGACUUUGCAGACGACCUUGCUACAGACUUGGCGCCUCUAAUAUCCCUUUUUGGUGAACGACUUAGCAAGCAGUUCUUGUCUGAAUCAACCAGUAUCCUAGAUAACUUCCUCUUCUCUGUGGCCCCUUUGGGGAUCUUGACGGCUGUGGUUUCCGUCAUUCGUGUUUCCGGGAACUCGUCUCUUCGCGCGUUCAUAGGAAGGGCUCAAGAGGGCCCUGGUGAAGCUGAAAAUGAGCUCUUGUCUUGUGUUUCUGAGACAACCGCGGAGAUGUUUAACAAUGGAGGAAUCUCUAGAGUAUUUGGAAGACCUCGGUUGCUAGAGGUUAUUGCCUGGGAGGAGACAGAUCCUCAGACGAAGGAGCGCUCCUAUCGGAUUGGGACUCUACGCGAUGCCCUCCGUGAGGGCGCUUGGUUGGCGGGCAAAGGAAGUUGGAUUCUCGAUGAGAAGGAAUAUUUGCCUGAGCUCGACAUCCCGAAUCUGUCAUUGAACAAAGGAAUUGAGAAAAGCAGCCAGGGCUGGUUCUAUGCUGCUGCGGUAUUGGGGCUAGGCCUGCAAGUUGUACAAUUCAGGAAAGACGGAAGCCUUGUCGUCAGCUAUGCUUUUCCGCUGUUUUCCCUUGGGUCUAUCUUUCUCUGCAUCGGAAUGUUCCUGUGCGCCUUCAUCAUUGAGCGCUCAUCCACCGAAUGCUACAUUAGACCUGCAAAACCCAGCAAGAUUUACUGGUUACAGCCCGGUGGGCAGGAUGUCGGUGACCAGGUCUUCGGCGCUUUUCUUGGUGUCAGCGAGGGACCUAAUUCCAAGGCGACUGAAGACCUCUUGUAUAUUAAAUCAGUCAGGAGCCCUGAAAUUUUUGGAAAAGGUCCCUUGCUGAUGUUUACUGUGGUUAUUACCCUUAUUGGGUUUGUCAUCCAGUUUGUCGGUAUCCGAGGACUGCAUGCCUCUGUGGUUCUGGCAGAAAUGGGCGCUACUCUCCUAAUGUCCAUCGUCAGAGCCUGCCUUCGGACCAAGAGGUCCGGGUCAGACGAGAACCGCCUAACAGCUCAAGAACGUCAUCUUGUGUCUUAUAAUGAGCAAGAGCUUGACUGCUUCGCGUUCCAUCUUGAGCAAGUCAGAUCAUUUGGUUUGGUCUCGAGCCAGCCACAUAGAUCUCGAGCUCAGUCGACAACUUCGUCAGCUGCUGCAUCAACACAGACUCCAAGUAAGACACCCGGUCUUGGAACGAAACUUAUAACGACAAGGGCUCAACUAGCCCGCCUUACAUCUAACCCCGACAAAGAGUCUAGCUUAGCUUGGAAUGGUCUGCCAAUCAGGCAGAGAGCCCAGAAGCUGGCGGACACGAUAGAAAGAACGAUGGACUUGUUAUCAGGUUGGAAGGACGUGACUGGGGAUACCGUUAGCUUCGACCUCAUGCUCACCUGCCAAUCUCUCAACAAAGGCGUUUUCAAUCCUGCGCUGGAAACCUACACCAUCAAGCUCCAUAGAUCGGAAGAUACGCUGUUAUGGAAAAUUGAUGAGACCGAGCUCGAGGCAGUGCUAGGGCUAUGGACUUGGUCACUUUUGAGGUCAGAUUCGAAAUGGCUCCAGACCGGGCUUGAUCGCGCUGUAGGAUUGACCAAGUCGGAGGCCAUGGCAGAAGAAACAGACCUUUAUUUCCACAAAUGGAUUUACCGCCAUACGGACGCGAGGAUGGCUUCAUCCAAGACCGUGUCAUUUGGCAGCGAACUCUUCGGGCUCUAUUCCGAUAAGAAUCCUGGCAACAAGGAAAUACUUGUCGUGAAAACGCAGAAUAAUCUGGAAACCAUGGCUGCUCAGGAUAUUUACAUUCACUUCCUCAGGAGCGUCCUUCAAGACUUUGAAACAAUUGGCAGCGACGUGGAUGUGCGUUCAGGCUCACAAAACGGCUAUAUCGCAUACAGCAGCCGCAUCGACGAGUUAGUGGCUUGUUUUGAGUCAGGAAACCUUGGUUCAAGAGAAGAUGCCCUACUAUGCAUCGUUCCGGUCUUGAAAGCUCGAAAGCUUCUACCAGAGCUUGCGGCAGACUCGCACAGGGUGAGGGCGCAGAUUGAGAGGUUCAUUUCGAAUGAUGAAUGGUCAGAAGCUUUUGCCAUUGUUCGAUGGCUCUGUGAGCGUUCUGAAGGCCAAGAGUUCGAGCGUUCUGUCUAUGAGCUUGGCUACCUCUGUCAGCGUGCAAUUCAACAUAUUGAGGAUGCAGUCCGAAAGGAAGGACUAGACGUGUUGCUCUCUCUCCUACAGGGUGAUCUCAGGUUGACAUAUUUCAAUGGUAUAAAAAGCGUUCGACCGGUGGACUGGAUGAAGUCCCGUCACCAGCAGGCUUGGUGGAGCGAAUUUUCUCGGCAGCUCGGGUAUAUUACAUGGCACAUUUCUAACAAUAAAGUCGACAGACACCAGAUGAAGGCAUCUAUUGAGUCUGUAGCUAACUUUGAAGACUUAGGCUUACCAGUUCCUGGUUGUGAUGACGAGCAGAAUAAAAAGAAGUGUGCUGAGCAAACCAUAUUGGGAUGGCUCACUCACGGAGCGGACAUCAUGUUCGAGAGACAGGUUCCUGGAUGUGAGGACCAACUCUGUCUUGAAUGGGUCAUUCAAAAUGGUCAACUUGCUAUCUGUCACUGGCUCUUAGUCAAAUGGGCUGAGGUUGGGCAGCACUACGGGGCGAUGGCACAGAAGGCUUUCGUAUUCGCAGCAAGAUGCGGAGCAGACUCAGCAAUACAAACACUCAUCCGGCACGGUGCAAACAUCAACAAUCAGGAAUAUGAAGGAUAUACGGCCUUGUAUGAGCUCGUCGCAAACCAGGAGUUUGAGGCAACAAGGAGACUGCUAGCCAACGGAGCAGAUGCAGACCUGGGCAUAAAGUCCAGCGGUAUAGCCCCACUCGGUAUAUCUGCCGGUCAGGGGGAUGAGCGCAUUACUCGUUUGCUCCUUGAUCACGGAGCAAAGAUCGACCGUCAAGACAGGCAAGGUUUUAGUGUUCUACACCUUGCUGUUCGCCACGAUCAAUUGGCCAUCGUACGUCUGCUUCUCGACAGAGGUGGAUACAUUGAUAAUGUCGCAGGAGAUGGCAGGACACCUCUAACUCAUGCUUCAUCGGAUAAUCAAAAAGAAAUGGUCGAGUUGCUCUUAAACUAUGGAGCAAGAGUUAACGUUCAAGAUGAUUGCGGCUGCACACCAUUAACUUUGGCUGUGUACAACUACGCGUCAGUGGAUAUCAUCCGCCUAUUGCUGGAUAAUAAGGCCGAUAUUUAUCAAACGGACAAUAACGGCAUGAAUGCUCUUGACGAGGCCCAUCAAAGAAACCGCUUAGAUAUUUUAGCUCUCUUGGAAGCCGCAUCUAUGGCCGGAAACUCGCAGACGAGUACAUAG